CCGCCAUCUUUUGGAUCAAUAAUCAAAAAAAAUAUGAGCCAGCAUGUUCACAUGAGAUUUGAUCAAUAUUACUGCAGAUAUUUAUAUUUGGGACAACUGUUGAAAUUAUCUCAAGUGCCUUGACUAAUUCAUUUCUCGGGUGUGCCAAACAAACAAAUCAUCAUGGUAAACACACGAAGUUCGUCACGUAAACGAAAAACUAUCAACAAUGAGCAAAACGAUACUGGUGUUGAUGACACAAAUGCUCAAGACAGUGAUGAAAAAGGAGAACGAACAAAUUGUACAACAAUUGAAACCAAAGAUAAUGAUGAUUACUAUCGAUAUGUGACAUCGUUAGGUCGUGAAGCAAUCAUCAAACGAAUCGAAGAAGGUGAAAAACUCAAAGAACACAUUGGCUAUAUGAUGAAUCCAAGAGCAGUAUGGGAUCAAAAUCCCAGUCAAUAUCGUCUUGAAAUUCCAUUGGAAAAGCAUCCGUAUAAGCAUUUGAAAUUAUUGAUGGAAGCACGACUUGAAUAUGUCAAUUUGAUGCUCGAAUUGAUGGAACUAGAGGAAAAAGAUGAUGAUGUUGCCGAUGCCGAUGACAGUGAUGAUCACGAAAAUGACGAGGAAAAAGAGAAUCAUGACAGCGGUAAACAAAAUUCAAAUGACAGUCGGACAAUAGUUCACUAUUCCAACACCAAAAUUCAGGUUUCAGAAAUUGAUUCGACCAAUAAUCAAGCUUGAGCUUCUAACAUAAAUACACACACAUAUAUUAUCAUCACAACAGAACCAUUUUGCUCAUCUGGUCAUUUGAAUUCUGGUCUUUUUUUUAACACCAACAUGUAAACACAAACAAUCAUCUUUUGCUCAAAAUAAUUUCCUAACAAUCAUAAUAUAGAUAAAUUUAAUUCAUUUGUUGAUGUUUCUGGCA